AAGCAUUCGUGCCUUUAACAAUCACCCAACGAUUUUCAAAGAGUUUUGAUAAGCGAAAAAAAUGAAUUUCAACGAGUACUACAUUGAUAACAUCUCCAACGAGAACCAAUUGAACGCGAAAAAGGCGCGUUCCACGGUUCAUCAAUUGAAACAGCUGAUCAAGUCGUUUCUAAGAAAGAAGAAGUCAUCGACGUACAAGAAAGAAGACGAACCGGAUUUUUUCGGCGACAACGCCAGUGAGAUCGACGAUAAUCUUGCCAACGAGUUACUCGAGGCGAGGAUCUUCGAAGAGAUCGACAAUUGUAACGAAUUCUCGGCGGUUCCGGUUUACGAAAAUGGUAAAAUGGAGAUUUUGCCAAUCGCAAGAGGCCAAAAGUACGUUCCCGUUAACUUUGCAAGAACAGAAGCCGGCACCUUUUUCUGGACCUCGAUGCAUAACGGAGCCGACUGCGAUAUUUCAACUUACGGUGAUUACAACGCCAUCUCUCGAGGUCAAAUGGCACAGAUUCAAGUUCCUCAAGACAGGUGGGCUCAAGCUUAAAUUCCAUCAUCAUUACGAUUCAACCUGAAACAAGAUUAUGUAGAUAAAAAUGUUGUGAUUUUUUGAUCACAUCUUUUUGUGAUCACGCUCAAUUUAAACUCGCUUUAAGAAGAAUGGUGACUUUUAAUUAGAAAAAGUUGCCGAUGUGAUAUUUAUAAAUAAGGAAUGAUUUUAUGUACCUUUUUUAAAGGCUUUAAUUUUUUUAAUGAUUUGUAAAUACGCCGAGAAUUAAUUAUUUUUUUUUAAUUAAUGUG